AUGUCUCAGGACACAACGCUCCUCUACGCCGUCUCGCGGUCUUCCGUCCUCUGUGCAUCUCUUCCCAACUACCGCGAUACCUGCAGACUUCCUGGAGACACGCUUCCCCACCCUUCGGCGGCACAGGUGUUCGCCUGCGUUCGGCUCGGACGGAAGUGCGAGUUCAAAGAGCUCUACGAACGCGCGAUGCGCUGCCUGAGGAGCUACUUCCCCACCAAUUUGACCCGAUGGCGACAGCUCUCGCGAUACGUCCCUCCACAGUUCACCAUGAUCGACGCCGUCGGCGUGGUCAACAUCGCUCGACUGGCUCCUGACCUCUCCAUCCUCCCCACCGCUCUCUUCGCCUGCUGCGUAAGCACCCGUCCGGAGAUCGUAGUAGGGGACGCCCAACUCGACCAGCGACACGGGCGUCUUUCGGAAGAAGACGUUGCGCUCUGCUGGAAGGCCAGGACACAUCUCGUCGCGGUCACAAGCUCGUCGCCGCUCGUCGUCGUCUCGCCGAUCCUCCCCAGCGACUGCGAAAGCGCAUCCCUCCAUGGAGACCCGUGCAAGGCUGCAGCGCCCCCCUUCUUGCAGGCGGUCGAGAAGCAGAUCGCGAAGGAUGAAAAUAACCCGCUCCAGAGCGUGGUUUCUAGGUUCGACGAAGGCUUGCUUCAAAAGCUCUGCCCGCAGUGCCUUACUGGUCUGAAGGGGCGCAGCCAGAAGCCCGCGCGGCAGAACUGGAACAAGUUGCCCUCUCUGCUCGGGUUGGAGAACUUGGACGUGGAGUGGGAGAAAGGGGACGUAUGGAGUCCAGUCGUUCUCCUGCACGCUAACAGUGACAGAUUUUGA